UUGAGGAGUCUUUUUAAAACAGUCUUUCCCCCCCCCCAGUAGAUGACAGAAGCUUGUGAUAGGAUAGCAGUGAGGUUGGAAAAGGUUUUCCUUUUCUGUAGUUGAAAGUUGCCUUCAACAGAAAGUUCACACCUAAUUUCUGUGGUACAGAGGUGUCAGGGUUUUUUGUUUGUCAGGUUGUGCCGUGACUGCAUAUUGAAUUCAGGUGCUUCUUGGGAGCACCCCAGCAAUACUGAAGGAUGUGAUGAGUCAAAACCAGUGGAUACUUUCAUGUAAAGCUUAGAGGUCCCAUUCAUGGACUGGACAAAAUUCCUGCUAAUGCCAGUGAGAAUUUUACCAGAGAGAAGAAGGUGUGCUCAGAGUGUUGGGUCAGAGCACCGUUUCUAGAUACAUGCAAUGUCACCUGUGGUAUUUGUGCACCAGUUAUGCAAACUGUUCCUGAGAGAGCUUUCUGGAGAUGUGGGCCCUUUAUCUCCUUGUGCUGAGUUUGGCUCUGGCAUAACCUACUUAACUUGCAUCCUCUACUUCUGCCUGGAUAAAUGCGCUGCAAGCUUUGCCUUGACCCAGUUUGUACAAUGAUGUUAGCAGUCAUAUGCCAGAGCAAUAAAUUUGAAAAAAGAGUUCCUGGAGGAAGAUGGAAAUAGCAGUGACAAUAUCUCUGAGAUUUCAGAACGGUGUUGCUUUAAUUCACAGAGGAAGCACUGACUCAAGAUACCAGCAGGUUUUCUUUAUGUAACAGCCGCCCACACCUAAAGACAAAAGGUUCCCUACAGGUGUGACUUGUCUUCUUGACCUCAGCACCGUUAGGCUGAUUAUCUUCUGGCAGCCUUGUGCCCAGAUUCUCAGUGGUAUGUAAAUCUAAUCAAAUGUAGUUGUUUCAAUGUGUACAAACAGACCUGGAGUGUAUAAGUAUUUAGUAUCCAUGAAUAUUCAGGAAACAAUUGCCUGCUCCUGUUGUGUUUAUGUCUCAUCAGCUGUUCGGAACUUGCUCAGGCCCAGCCACAGAACGGAUCAUGGAAACGUGGGGGUUUUGAGAUUUAAACAAGAAAGGAAACUAGAUUUCAAGAAGUCUUAAUAUGAUUUUCUUUUGCUUUUUUCUUUUAAAUUAUUUUCUUAAAGAAAGCCUUGCACUUCAUCCAUUUAUAAAAGUUCAGACUUCCUGAUUGCCAGCAAAAUAAAGCCUUUAUGCCAACUUGAAUAGAUUUUUUGCUAACCAAAAGGACACGUAUCUUUCUGGUCUUCGUUUAAUGACAAGCUAAAAAUAUAAACACUAAGAAAAUGGCAAAUGACACAUCUUACACACUAGAUGAUUUAACCCGUGAAACGUGUUGAGCUGCUUUUGUGUAAGAGUUGAAAUUUGAUAGAAAUGCAGAGAGACAGGAUUGUUAAUGCCUUAAAUAAAACUGUCUUAACAGUGCUGGAAAUGUGAAAACGUAGAGCUCAUUGGUUUUGGAGGAUUUGGGUGGUUUGUGGUGUCCUGUUUGUUUUUAAAAGAAGGAGGAUCAUUUCUCCUUGCGUGAAUUGUUUGCUGAUUGUCCUUCUGUUUGAGAUUUCAUCUGCUUUGUGCAUUCGCUUUUUGGAGUCUGGGAAGUAAACCAGCUUUUCUGCUUUCUCAAGCCAGUCAGAUUCAUGACUUAGUUCUAUUUAAUUACUUAACAAUUCUAAGUUAAAUACAUUAUCCUUGCUUCUUCCACCCUUUCAUUUCUGUAGUACAGAUUCCCUAGCUACAAAGCCCAGAAGAUUUUUCAGCUCAACAUAGGGAGCAGGUGAAACCUUUUAGUUCUUUUGCCUGCAGGAGUUUUGCAUUUGGCAGAAGGCAACUUGAAAGUGUGUAAGAGCUGACUUAAGAUGAGAGAGGCCAACAUGCCGUAUUUCUCAUUCAUAAUCCUUUUCAGUAAUCCUAAUCCAUUUCAGAUCUGUAGCCUUUCUUAAGUGUCACAUGGGAGAGGAUUCUUAAGGCUGCUCAAAACAACUGCAGUAAAUAAAUCGAAGAGUCUGCGCUUGUUGCAGAACAGCGCACACAUUCUGUACUGUGGGUGCUGAAAGACCACGGCACUUUCUGCUGCGUGCCCAAGGGAACAGCUUACUUGAUGAUUUAGAUUUUGAAGAGGGGUUUCUGAAUCAGUCAUCAAGCAAAUCACUUCAGGGAUCAGUUUGGGUACUGAACAGAAAAAAAAUAUUGUUAAAGUGGAGACCUUCUGUUGUGUCUAUCUUAAUAAGUCCAUGAGUUAGAAAUCAGUGGCAAGAUUCUUGGCACUGUGGGACAUUGCAGCUGAUUUGAUUGGUGACCGGAUGGUCUUUCCUGCAUCUCUUCCGUGGUUUUGAUGAUACUGGAUCAGCCUGCAAUGUCCUAGGAGCAUCGGUCGUAGAACAUGGGAUCUGGUAGUUCUGUAAAUGUCAACUACAAGUACUCCCUGCAGAAGUCUGAAAAUGCUUUCAAGGCAGCUGUCUUGAUCCAACGGUGGUACCGGCGCCAUGUUGCUCGGCUGGAAAUGCGCCGGCGUUGCACCUGGAGAAUCUUUCAAUCCAUUGAGUACGCUUGUGAGCAGGAUCAGAUCAAGCUUCACAACUUCUUCAGUUACCUCGUGGACCACUUCACGCCAAGCAGCAGUAAAGAGAGGGAUUUUAUCAGUCGCAUGUUCAUAAGCGGGGAAAGCUUCAAAGAGGCAGAGCUGGAAAAAUACUGUGACUAUGAAUCCAUGGAAGUGCCAGACUCCUACACUGGACCCCGUCUUUCUUUCCCACUCCUUCCUGACCAGGCGACUGCCUUGCUGGAAGCUUUCAAACAGAAACAACAGCUCCAUCCUCGCUAUGUCUUAAACCUUCUGCAUGAGACCAGGAAGCAUCUCAAGCAGUUGCCAAACAUCAGUCACGUCUCCACCUGCUACAGUGAGGAGGUCACCGUGUGCGGAGACUUGCAUGGCCAGCUGGAUGACUUGUUCCUCAUAUUUUAUAAGAAUGGCCUUCCUUCCCCUUCCAAGUCCUACGUGUUCAACGGGGACUUCGUAGACAGAGGCAAACAGUCCCUUGAGAUCCUCAUCAUCCUCUUUACCUUCCUUUUGAUCUAUCCAAACGAGGUUCAUCUCAACCGCGGGAACCAUGAGGACCACAUGGUCAACUUACGGUACGGGUUCUGUGUGGGGCCGAUAGCGAUGUCAAGUGUGUCGCUGCAAAGUCCCACUGAACUUGCUUUCUCCUCUUCCUUUAGCUAUGGGUUCACCAAGGAAGUAAUGCAGAAAUACAAGGUGCACGGGAAGAAAAUCUUGAAGAUGAUUCAGAAUGUCUUCUGCUGGCUGCCCCUGGCCACCCUGAUUGAUCAGAAAGUCCUCAUCAUACACGGGGGCAUCUCUGACACCACCGACCUGGACGUGCUUGAGAAAAUUCAAAGGAACAAAUUCAUUUCUGUAUUAAGAGGGAAGAAAAGAAAGGAUUCGAAUAGAAAUGUGGAAAUACAGGAAAUAAACAGGGAGAGCAAAACAGAGGCCGACCCAGCAGAGAAGGAGGCAGCCCCCAGCUUGUUUCCGCAGCCCCGGCCAGCCCCCGCGCCCAGCAUGAGCAACAGGCAGGAGUUCUCUCGGUGGGUCCGGCAGACGGUGCAGGAGCAAAUCGAGUGGUGCCGCCGGCUGGUGGACAUCAGCGAGUCAGAGGAGGAGGAGCCCACCUAUUCCAGCAUGGUCUCUUUGACGGAUCUGGACGGGUCGUGCAGGACUCGCGAGGAGGACUGGAAGCAGGUUUUAGACAUCCUCUGGAGCGACCCCAUGCCUCAGGAAGGCUGCAGAGCAAAUACAGUGCGAGGUGGCGGCUGCUACUUCGGGCCUGACGUGACACAGAAGAUCCUCGAGAAGCACAACCUGCAGUUCCUCAUCCGCUCCCACGAGUGCAAGCAAGAGGGCUACGAGUUCUGUCACAGCCGGAAGGUGCUGACCAUAUUUUCAGCCUCGAACUACUAUGAGAUUGGCAGCAACAGAGGAGCCUACGUGAAGCUGGGACCGGACCUGGUUCCCCAUUUUGUUCAAUACCAAGCCAACAAGACGGCCCACACUCUCACCAUGACCCAAAGAAUCAGCAGAGUGGAGGAGUCAGCCUUUCGAGCCUUGCGGGAAAAGCUCUUUGCUCACACCUCAGCCCUCAUCAGCGCGUUCAAGGCCUACGAUAAGGACAAUACGGGAAGGAUCACGCUGAGCAACUGGGCGACGGCAGUGGAGUCAGUCUUGCGCCUGGGAUUGCCCUGGCGAAUGCUGAGACCGCAGCUGGUGCGCAGCACGGUGGACGGCAUGCUGGAAUACAAGUCCUGGCUGGAUGACCUGGCCAUGGAGCAGCGGAGCCAAGAGCACAUCCAGUCAAGCUUGCUGGAAGUCAUUUAUCGAAACAGAUCCAACUUGGAGACCAUAUUCAGGAUCAUAGACAGAGAUCAUUCAGGUCUCAUCUCAUUUGAGGAAUUCCACCAAACGUGGAAGCUGUUCAGCUCCCACAUGAACAUUGAACUCACGGAUGACGGCAUCAACGACUUAGUUCGCAGUAUUGAUUUCAAUAAGGACGGAAACAUCGACUUCAAUGAGUUCCUAGAAGCCUUCCGCCUUGUCAAGCAGUCACAGUAGUGAGGACCUGCUGCCUGUUGCCACAUCCAAUGCCUUCACUGCCUGUGAAGCCAGGGGUACGGCUUCCGACCUAACCGCAGAGCCUGCCUGCAGAUGUGAAGCAGGGAAAGGGAAGGCAGGUACCUGUAGCACUUACUGGCUGAAAACAGUCAGCGCUGUAGCCAGCUGCUGUGAUCCAUUUGAGGAAGGUAAUGGGUAAAAUAGAGAAGCUGCGCUUCAAUUCUAACCAUUUUUAAAAAGGAGCUGUGUUUUAAGUAGAAAUUCCUGCUCGAAGAGAAGAUGCAACUUAUCUUGUCAGUGCACACGCUGGAAUGUUACAGGGCUACUCAAGUGUAGUAAAAUGGAGGUAGUUAUUCUCUGCAGGCAGUUUUUUAACAAGGUAGCAACUGCUAGAGCACAGCUUUCAUUUUAAUAAAGUUUUUUUUCUAGA